AUGAAUGUUUUCCUCUAUAAUCUGGCAACUGGAGAGUGUCGUAAACUCCCGCCAUCGAUUCUUCCCCUCACUGAACCUCCUUGUGAGCCAUAUAGUUAUGAUUCGUGCAGGGACACUCUUGGAUUUGGGUACGAUGCAAAUUCUAGGGAUUUUAAAGUGGUCAGGGUUGUGCAUGUUUGGGAAAUGUUUGGAUUUUUUCUUUAUAUGAGAAUGGAAAUUUAUGAUUUGAGUAAAGAUAGAUGGAGAGAAAUUGAAGCCCCAGAUAAUGACUCUUAUGCCUCUAUAACUUGGAUGCCUUGGUCUGAAUUGUAUCACGAAGGAACAUAUUACUGGUAUUCGCAUCGAGAAACAAAUGAUAUGACAAAUGGUGAAGCUUUACAGUCUUUCGAUAUGGGCAAAAAGGUUUUUAGCAGAAUUUUGUUGCCGGAGAGUUUCAAUAUCAAAGAGGAGGGGUGGGAGAAGCGUAGGAGUUUCGGGAUUUUGAAUGGAUCCAUUGUUGUCUUCCAUUAUCUAGCGGAAAUGAUUGAAAAAAUAUUUGAUGUUUGGGAGAUGAGGAAGGAGGCUGAAACGGAUGUUGUAUUGUGGUCAAAGCUCUUGACAAUUGGUCCUGUUUUUGGAAUUGAUAAGCCAUUGUUGUUUUUGAGUUCAUAUGAAGUUUUAAUGGAGGAUAAUGAAGGACGUGAUGUCGUAUAA